GCUCAUGUGACAGAGGCAGGUCAGGCAGCGAGGAGAGUCAGAGGGUUUAUUUAACUCGUCGCUCCGAACUCCCCCACUUUCCCCAAAACGCGCCUGUGGGACGUUUGGCUUCUGUGUAGCGGGACCACAGCGUGGGAAUCUCAUGGCAUGAUUCAGAAAACGCAUUCUUUAGAGGAAUACUGCUAACGAUGACGCGUUUGUAAAAGAAAACGAAAUUAUCCUGAAGCCUAUUUUCACAAACCGUUUUUGCUGCGCUUGAAUAAAUGCGGGAUUUUUGUGAGUGAACUGGUGAAGUUUUUGCGAUUUUUGUGUUUACAUUUUUUUUAUUUUGAGGAUAAAUAAUGGAGCGAAUCCCAAGCGCGCAGCCGCCUCCUCUAUCCAAACACCAGGCUGAUCUGUCCGACGUGCAGGGGAUGGAUUUCCAGAUGUAUGUGUAUAAACCCAGGCGGGGAAUGAAGAGAGGAGAAGAGAGCAAAGACACCUACAAGCUGCCGCACAGACUUAUCGAGAAGAAGAGACGCGAUCGGAUAAACGAGUGCAUCGCACAGCUGAAAGAUUUAUUACCCGAACACCUGAAACUCACCACUCUGGGCCAUCUGGAGAAGGCUGUGGUUUUGGAGCUCACGCUCAAACACGUGAGGGCCCUCACCUCUCUCCUGGAGCAGCAGCAGCAGAAGAUCCUGGCUCUGCAGAGCGGCAUGCAAAUCGAGCAGCCACCCAUUAGCCAGGAGAAGUCAGAAGAGAUAUUCUGCUCUGGCUUUCACAUGUGUGCCAAGGAGGUUCUUCAGUACCUCGCCAAUCACGGGUCCAAUGAAGACUUCGCCCCAUCUCAUUUGAUCAGCCACCUUCACAAAUUGGCUGCAAAUGUGCUGCAGAGCCCAGCCCGACCCCGCACCCCGCUCAGCCCUCAACCCGAGGAGGUCCCGGCCUACCAACAGCACCAGCCCCGCAAAGAGGUGUCCACCAGCUUGACCCCUAAACCCAUAGAAGGCUAUGGGAGGAACUGUGUUCCGGUCAUCCAGCGGGCGUACGCCCCACCUAGUGGCGAGCAGAGUGGCAGCGACACAGACACAGACAGUGGCUAUGGGGGGGAGCUGGAGAAAACUGAAGCAGGGGUGCUGCAGGGGCGUCCAGAUUAUUACGGUCAGGAGAGCCAGCAGAAACGACCGCAGAGCUCCGACAUCAAGCAGGAGGACGAGGAACCGCGCCACAAACGGCCUCGCAUGGAGUCGUCUGAGGAUGAGCUGCUGUCAGGAGGAGAGUCAUCCAUUUCCUCGUCCUCCAGCGGUUACGGUAGCUACAUGAGCGUUUCCCCCAACCACCCACCUCCUCCUCCUCCACACCCACUCUGCAUGCCGUUCUACCUCAUUCCACCGUCUGCUGCAGCUUACCUGCCCAUGCUGGAGAAAUGCUGGUAUCCUGGAGCCGUGCCUAUGCUCUACCCCGGCAUGGGAGGCUCCUCACCCACCAUGUCCAGCGAGAGACCACCCCCACCUCAGCUGGUCCUCUCUCCCAGGGGAGGCUCACCUACCCCGGCCACAUCUCAGACCCCCAUGGACUCCCCUGCGCUCCUCCAGGCACUUAAGCAGGUACCACCUCUCAACCUGGAAACCAAAGAACAAUGAAGGAGCAUUUGAAGGGACGCUUUUGCUAGCCGCCGGAGACAAGGCCAGCCGCGAGAUGGAGAACAUAGCCGAGCUGUUCAUAAUCCAUUAUCAUUCACCUCCUCUUUUCCUCAUGAGCACACUGGAGGACUUGUAGAAAUGUUCGGAGCAGCAUCCAUCCACCUGGGUGUGGAACGUGACGCUCUGGUUCAAUGUUCAACGCUCAGUGGUUUUCUCCUGCACCCGUGUGUCAUAAAACGAAACUGCCCUGCACAACACACACGCGGGUUGAAUGUAAAGACAGAAAUGUUUUUGACGCUGCUGUGGAAUUGUAAACGCAGAUGACGAUGAUGUUGCAUCUCACCUGUAGCUGUCGUGAUAAUGUUGUACUCUCGAAGAACCUUUGCACCAAAUGAGUCGUAACAAGUUGCCCAAAAUCUGUUGGCUAUGUCCUUCGCUCACCAUUCUGAUAACUAGAACAACGCCCUUUCGAGCAGACCUCACGAUGACUGGCACCGGAAAAGUCCAGGAUGUUAUCAGAGUGUGUACAGACGGGUGUGGGGGUGCAGCAUCGGUGGAUGAAGGGAUAGGCCACCACAUGGCCAAAGCGAGUGACAUGUCUUGUAUUCUUUGUUGACAAACAGCCAGUUGAGAUGGAUCCGUAUAAUUAUUGUCCAUAGACUUCUUGUACAUUUCUAUUUUUGAUACCUGUUCAUGCACUCUGUCCACACGGGCAGCGAGAGAGGGAGCUCAGAGUGUGGACGAUGUGAUGUACUCAGAAACCGUACAUUCUGUAGCACUGUGUUGGACCUACUCGACGUGUUUCUGCUCAAGUCAAACCCGGUGUUUGUUCUUGCUGUUGCCUUCUACUUGUGAAAAGCUGAUAAACUGCAGAUGUUUUCUUCUAUAAUGUAUGACAACUGGAGUCAAAGAGGUGAAGAGGGGAGACAUGAAUGUAAGUUUUACCAGAAAACUAGUUUUCAAUAGAGAGAGGUACUUAAGGUUUUAUAUUUUGGGACCUAAGGAGAGAUGUCUGGUGUACAUAUUUUGUCUAUAAAUGUUGAUUUAUCAUAAGUGUAAUAAAGUAUUUUUCCCAUG